GGACGUCUCUCCCGAGCUCCACCCCGCCGGGGUCCCGCCUGCGGGCGGUACCGGGGGCAGAGCCGGUUCCGCUCCGUCCCGGGGUGCUCCGAGCCGCUCCGGAGGCAAUCAGAGCACCCCCGGCAGCGGUUCUGCUGUGCCCUGCUCCAGAACCUCACGGCCUUGUGGCCCCAGCCCGAAGCGUUUGCUGCACGGAAGGUCUGCAUUCAGUCUGGUAGAGCCCGGAGAGCUGCCUGACCGCCAGCAGAGUCCUUCAGCUGCGGGGAAAGCUCCAGGAUGGCAGUUCUCUCCAAGGAAUAUGGCUACGUCAUCCUGACAGGAGCUGCCAGCUUCAUCCUGGUCAUGCACCUGGCAGUGAAGGUGGCCAAGGCCCGCAGGACCUACAAGGUGGAGUACCCAACCAUGUACAGCACAGACCCUGAGCACGGGCACAUCUUCAACUGCAUCCAGCGUGCACACCAGAACACCCUGGAAGUUUACCCUGCCUUCCUCUUCUUCUUGGGCACCAGUGGGAUCUACCACCCGCGUGUUGCCACAGGGCUUGGUCUCACCUGGAUCCUUGGGAGAAUCCUCUACGCCUAUGGCUACUACACAGGAGAGCCCAAAAACAGAAGCAGAGGAGCCAUUGGUUCAGUUGCCCUUCUGGGGCUGGUGGGCACAGGAGUGUAUUCAGCUUGCCAGCACCUUGGCUGGACCUGCCAGGACCAGCUGGUGGCUGCCUGAGACACUAAAGGGAUUGCUGGUUUGUUUUCUUUUAGAGCAUUUCAUUUCCUGGUGUUUUGUUUUGCUUUGUUUUCCCUCAUUCAAUAAAAUGAAGUUGUCA